AUGGCAAUUUUUGACCCAGAAUAUAAAUUUAUUUGUAUAGAUGUAGGUGAUUAUGGUAAAAAUAGUGACGGUGGUAUUUUUGAGACAUCGGCUAUGGGCAGAAAAUUUGCAAAUGAAACCAUGAAUAUACCAACCAACAGACCAUUAGCUGAUGAAAAUGAAGAGAUUCCAUGUGUAUUAAUUGGCGAUGAAGCUUUUACACUAAGCCCUUACUUAACGAGGCCAUUUCCUUAUAGACAAGCACGAAAUGACAACAGCAAAGAGAGAUUUAAUUAUCAUCUAUGCAGAGCCCGACGCUUAGUGGAAAAUGCAUUUUUAAUAUUGCCACAUAAAUGGCGUCUAUUUUUUAGACCACUAGAAGUUAAAGUACAAACAGCUACAAAACUUGUGAAGGCAGGAUGCGUAUUGCACAAUUUGCUGCGCACAAGAAACACUGACGAGCAAUUUUUGCAUUUACAAGAAAACUCUAAUACAUAUUCCUUUACCAGUAGUUGA